AUGACCAAAUUGUCUCUCGUGACCCUUCCCGCCGAAAUAAUAUGGCUGAUUGGCGGCCAGUUGAAAACAGAGAAGGACAUUUCUGCACUCAUGAGAGCAAAUACUGUGCUUUAUCGUCUUCUUCUUCGAAAUCUAUACAAACGGAACAUCGACCAGUCUGGCAGCUCGGCUCUGGUCUGGUGCUCCAUGAAAGGAAGUGAAGAAAGUGUGAGAUUGCUGGUUUCAAUGCGUGCAAACGUCGAUUGUGCGUAUCGCUUUCCUGGCCAAAGCGAAUGGGACUCCGCUGCCCCUCUUCAUGUCGCUGCAAAUGAAAGAAUUGCCAAAAUCCUUCUUGACCACGGAGCAAAUAUCAACAUAGUGUCUUACCGUGGAGAUACCGCGCUACAUAGAGCUGCCGUCAAUCGUCAUUUGGCCCUAGCAAGCUUCCUACUCGACCGAGGAAUUAAUAUCAAUGUAAGCGGUCAUAUCGAUAGGUCGUCUUACUGUAUCUGCCACACUGCACUCCAUCUUGCCGUUCAAAAUCAAGAUUAUCGCAUGGCAAGAUUGUUCAUUGAGUGGGGGGCCGAUCUCGAAAUCAAGAAUGGGUUUUGGGAACGUCCAUUGCACUUAGCUGUUUCGAAAAAUUGUGAAUCGAUCACAAAGCUUCUCAUUGAUUACGGGGCAGAUUUGAAUGCUCAAGACUUCUUUCAACAAACCCCUCUUCAUGGGGCUGUAGCCUCCGGCAACGUUUCGUUGGCAAGAGUGCUAGUUGUACAUGGAAGUUGCCUCGCUCUCAAAGAUAACAAAGGACAAACAGCUUCAGAUAUUGCGACGCAGAAUGGUAACGGAGAGAUGCUAGACAUACUAAACCUCUAA